GAGGUGUCCGAGAGCCGCCGCCUGCUCAAAGCCAAGACGCUGGAGAUCGAGGCCACCCGCGGCAUGAACGAGGCGCUGGAGAAGCAGCUGCAGGAGCUGGAAGAGAAGCAGAGCGCGGAUAUCUCCGCCCUGCAGGAUACAAUCAACAAAUUGGAGAAUGAGCUGAGAACCACAAAGAGUGAGAUGGCUCGGUACUUGAAGGAAUAUCAGGACCUGCUCAAUGUGAAAAUGGCCCUGGACAUCGAAAUUGCAGCUUAUAGGAAGCUGCUGGAGGGGGAGGAGACCCGGCUGAGCUUCACCAGCGUGGGCAGCAUCACCAGUGGGUACAGCCAGAGCGCCCCCAGCUUCGGCAGGUCUGCCUACAGCGGCCUCCAGGCCAGCUCCUACCUGAUGAGCGCCCGCUCCUUCCCCACCUACUACUCCAGCCACGUGCAGGAGGAGCAGAUUGAGAUCGAGGAAACCAUCGAGGCUGCUAAAGCAGGAGAGGCCAAGGCAGCUCCUGCAGAAGAGGGUGAGGAGGAGGAGAAGGAGGAAGGAGAGGAGGAAGCAGGGGAAGAGGCUGAAGAAGAGGAGGAAGGUGCCAAGGAGGAAUCAGAAGAAGCCAAAGAGGGUGAGGAAGAGGAAGGAGAGGGGGAAGAAACAGCAGCAGAAGAAGGGGAGGAGUCCCAGGAAGCUGCUGAGGAAGGUGGUGAGGAGGAGAAGGAGGAGAAGGAGGAGAAGGAAGAGAAGGAAGCAGCAGGAAAGGAGGAGAGCGAAGGCAAGAAGAAGGCUUGACCUGAGGGCAGCUUUCCAUCAGAACCACGACUGACUGAGCUCCAGCUGCAGUCUCACCUAUUUAAUUCAGCGCCCACUGAGUUCCAGUCCAUGAUUAUGAUGUUUCUCCCUGUGCAGAGUCUGAGUUUGCUUGCAGAGCACCCAAGGCUUGCUCCCCGAGUGCCGCAUGGUUCCACGUAUGAGUUCAGGGCUUCUGUCCUUCCUGGGUGACCCAGAACCUUAACAUUUCAAAUGGGGGGGAAAGAAGUGCUGGGAAUGAAAGGUUACCUUUAACUUGCAUUUAAACUAAUUCUGGAAACGGUGGGUGGGGGAAGUGAUGGAGGCUUCAUUAAGUACGUGCAAUAAAGCUGUCAAUAAAGUUCAGAAAUGCUUACACGGA